AUGAACAACUCAACGGAUGCCUUGGUGCAGUUGUGGAACAUGUGUGUCACUUCGCAGGGCAGCUGCCCCGAGCAAGGUCUUCAGUGGGACACCUUGCGGCGAGUCAUGGAAGGCUUGCCCGUGGCUCGCUGCGAAGCACUGAAAACCAACAGCGUCGACGAGAUAUUGAGCUAUCAUUUCGGCCCACACGCAGCAGGAGGUGUUCUGAAUUACGUAAACUUCACUCUUUUCUGGCAUGGCAUGGAAGCCAUUUUACAGACCGCUGGGGUCUUCAACCAUCGCGGCUUCGAUGACGGCACUCUGCAAGUCAUUGCCAGUCUGCGCCAUUUCCGGGAUGCUGUGCUGGAGCUUCCGGGUGCUUUCGGUGGGUCACUCGACGAGCAGCCGUUGGCGGAGUGUCACGUCCGAGAGCUGCACGUCCUCUACGACCAGCUCCACGACCAGGGCCUUCUCUCGGGUUCUGGAGCGGUGGUCGAGUAUUGGGCCGAGAAGCUGCAGCAGCUGCCCAAAGACGAAGAGAAUCUGAUGGUCUCUGCCGACGAAAUCUCGGCUGCAUUGCUGCAGUGGCUCGAAGACCUUCUCGGCUACGCCGAAGGAUCCGAGGAUGCCUCAUCCGAGGAGCCGGAGCAGGAACUAACACCAGAGGUGUUUGCUGCACGGAGCUUGCUAAAGAAGCCGGAGGGCCAGGAUGCCGGACGUGCAACGGGUGCCACAGGUCGUCUUUCCUGGCUACUCAAGCCAGAUGUUGCCGAGAAUGUGGAGGUGGCAAAUUUUCGCAGCUCUCUCCGAGAAGUUUUUCCGCGAGAUGACAUCUCGCUGCGCGACUUCUACCGCGGUGUGCGAGAAGCCAUUCCAGAGUCUGCGGCAGGCUAG